AUGCACGUUUACUCAAUCCAACAGAUUCUUGACGUGCGUCCCCUUUACAAGGACCCACCGUACCCCGACUUUUCACUUGAGGAGGCAUGUCGGCGAAAGAAGAUGUCCCAAUCGAAACUUGUGCGGGGUGCCAACGCGUGGGUUGCUGGCGGUUCGGCAAAGACAACGGUGGAAUGGGUACAGCGACUGGUGCAGGGUUCUCUUAAUAAGUUGAGCGCAGCGAACUUUGAUAAGAUGCUGGAAAAGUUGCAGACAGAUGUUAUCUUCUCUACGGAAGAAACAUUAAAUAAGACGGUGGAAAUUAUCUUUAAGAAGGCACUUGAAGAACCAGAGUGUAGUAAGUGGUACGCAGGUGUUUGCUACAAGUUAGCAGAAUUUGAAGUGAGUCAAUCUGUUUCAACACAGCCUGUAGAUGGUAAAAAAUAUUCUAAACUACGUAACGCUGUUGUUGGCAUCGCACAAGAGGAAUUUCUUAGUCGUCGUAAGAUGCCUUCAUUUGAUAGACUCACAGAGGAUGAAAAGGAGCAGUUACGAUCCUCUUUUAUGCGUCGUAAACGAGCAAACAUGAAGUUUAUUGGAGAAUUAUUUAUGCAUAAGGUUCUUUCACAUCAUACCAUGAUGAAUAUUGUUCAAACUAUAAUGCAAGGAGAAGAAAAUGCUGGGGAUCCUGCAAGUGAAGAUAUUGAAUUCCUUACAGAACUUUUCUUGACCAUUGGAGAGAGUCUCGAUGCUAUUCCUGAUGUACGUCCCAAGUUGGACGUUUAUUUUAAAAAGUUGGAGGUUCUCAAGAACCAAGAAAAGUACACAGCACGUAUUCGAUUUAAGAUUCUUGAUCUUAUUGAAUUACGACGUGACUUAAAUUGGGAGCCACGUGCGGCGGCAGCGGCAGCAGCGGCGACAACAACAACGGUAGCAAAUUCCAAGAACUCCAAUACAUCGAAGGAACCUCAACGAGUGACGGAUAAACCCCCUACACGUUCUCCGGCUACACUUAACUCUGGCAAUACACCCACAAGCGGAGCUAAAAAGAACAAACAGGCUGCAUUUCCAGAUACGGCACCAAACCCACCGGGUGAGGCUGCAUCUCUUGCUGCUGGCGGAGAUUCAACGGGUGGACGUAAUUGGAGCAGUAUUGUGAAACCCGCAGGGCAACAACGUGAUGGUCUUCUUCUUCGAAAUACGGAAUCCGUUUCAUUUGAGGCACGUGUACGAUCACUUUUCCAGGAGUGGGUUGCGGAGUGCACAAAUGAUUUUAUUCAUGAAUGGAUGAAUGAAUUCCGAAAUUGCCAACGACGUUUUGAUUCGGAAGAGGAUCUUUGCAAGGCAGCAGCGGCAGAAGUGGUUCGUGAGGCUUGUAUGACCACUAAGAAAGAAGCACAACAUGAGGCAUGCAGCUUUCUUACGGUAGGCCUCUUUCUCGCAGAUGAUGAAGUACUCGAUGGUUUUGCAAUGGCUCUCGUCUCCGCCAUUGAGGAAGAUAUUCUGGAAGAUGUUCCUAAGUUUAGCGAGCGCUUCAUUACAAUGUUGUGUAUUGCUUGUCGUGGAGAUUUUGUUGCGGAUAUGUAUUACGAUGCGGCACGUGUGCUCUGUACGGCGUACGGUAUGCUUCGUGUGCGGGAUGAAUCGACACUCGACACGCUGAUGGAUUUCUGGCACAAACUGCAAAGACCACCGGAGAAUGAGAAUGCCAUGUUGGCGCCCGUCACUCUUCAGUACCUAGCAGAUAUGUCUACAAAUGGACAGGCACCUCUUACAGGUCGCAUCAUCGCUUCUUUGCAGAACAUUGGACUUGUAAAUGAUGAAAUGGUGAAGGAGUGGCUUGAAAUUCCAGUGGAGGGGGCUGUGGCUGAAGUCGUCGAAGCGUAUAAGAAAGCCGCACGUGAGUUAUCAUUAAAAACAGUCUAA